AUCAUCUGCUACUGUGUUCCUGGGAAUCCAACGCACGCAACAUGAGACGACGAGAUCCACCCUCUUCGUCUUCUAGAUCUCAUCGUUGCAACCAAAAAGUCAUGCGGUUAUACUAUCGUCUCCUUCGAUGUGUUUUCCUUAUUCAGUCCGCAGAAAGUCUUCUCACACAUUGGAAUUUAGACCAAUUCCACCUUCAAUACCAAACAUCUUAGGUUCUUCCAAUCUCAUAUUCAUUUUGAUCAUUAUUUUUCUAUUAACAUGCAUGCUGGUUUUCCAUCAGAGAAUUGGUUUAUGAGCUUUCGAGAUGGUGUUCUUGUGAGCUGAUAGAUAUCACAAGGAUCCUCCACCUCCCGCAUCUUUCUUUCUGAUCCUGUUCAUUCCAAAGCUUCAUGGCUCUUCUAAGAGCUGCGUGCCUCUCCCCCCUUCACCUAUCUCUUCUGUUCCUCCUUUUUCCCUUCUUUGCACUCCACCACGCUCCUCUCUCCUCCGCGGCUGACACCAUCUCUGCCAACAAUUCUCUAUCGGGGAGCCAAACCAUCACAUCCGCAAGUGGCACCUUUGUGCUGGGCUUCUUCAAGCCAGGUAACUCCUCCGGUAACUAUUAUGUCGGCAUCUGGUACAGCAUCUCCAAUGUCACCCGGGUUUGGGUAGCCAACCGAGAAAACCCAGUUGCAGACCCAAGCAUGUCAGAGCUCAGAAUCUCCGAUGAUGGCAACCUGGUCCUACUCGAUCAGUCCGAAGCCAUCAUAUGGACCACUAAUACCAGCGUGUCCUCCAACUCCACCGUUGCUGUGAUCCUUGAUUCUGGUAAUCUCCAGCUGAGAGAUGCGUCCAAUGAAUCCCACGUCUUCUGGCAGAGCUUUGAUCACCCCACAGACACUUGGUUGCCUGGAGGCAAACUUGGGUUGAACAAGGUGACCAACCAAACCCAACACCUCACGGCCUGGAAGAACUCUGCUGACCCUGCUCCAGGAAUUUUCUCACUCGAGCUAGAUCCAAAUGGAACCAGCCAGUACUUCACGUUAUGGAACAUGACCACAAGGUACUGGACAAGUGGGAUUUGGAAUGAUAAGAUCUUUAGCAAUGUUCCUGAGAUGACAUCGAACUAUAUUUAUGACUUCCAAUAUGUCUCCGAUGAAAAGGAGAACUACUUCACAUACACCGUCAAUGAUGACAAAAUCAUAACCAGAUUUGUCAUGGAUGUAUCCGGCCAAAUCAAGCAGUCUACAUGGUUGUUCAGUACACAAUCGUGGCUAUACUUCUGGUCUCAGCCGAGACAGCAAUGCCAGGUGCAUGCUCUAUGUGGAGCUUUCGGCCGCUGCAAUGAGAUCAUCACGCCUUUCUGCAACUGCGUCACAGGCUUCAGUCCCAAGUCUCAAAGCGAUUGGAAUUUGGGUGAUCAAAGCGGGGGGUGUGUGAGGGACACUCCACUGGCAUGUCAAAGCAGCUCACCCAAUUCAGAGAAAGAUAAGUUCCUUAGGAUGACAAACUUGAGGUUACCUGUGAACUCGCAGAAUCUGUCCGGCGUCGGGAGUGAAGAAGCUUGUGAGGUGGGUUGCUUGAGCGACUGUUCUUGCACUGCUUAUUCCUACAAUAGCAGUGGCUGCUCCGUGUGGUACGGGGAUUUGAUGCAUCUGCAAGAACAAUUCAACGGGUCAGAUGCAAGCAUCCUUUACCUUCGUUUGGCUGCGUCAGAGUUGCCGAGUUCCAGCAGCAGUAAAGGAACCAUAACCUGGAUCGCUGUUGGCGUCACGGUGGCCGUCUUAGCUUGUGUGGCCAUCGUAUGGUUCAUAACAUGGAGGCGCCGAAGCAGACGAAUGACCCGCGUAUCAAAGGCCAUGGGGGGUGCGCUGGUGCCCUUUAGGUACGGUGAGCUGCAGCAUGCCACGAAGAACUUCUCACACAAGCUUGGUGAAGGAGGUUUCGGGUCGGUGUUUAAAGGGUGGCUACCUGACUCGACCGUCAUCGCCGUGAAGAAGCUCGAAGGCCUUCGACAGGGAGAGAAGCAGUUCCGAACGGAGGUCAGCACCAUCGGUACAAUCCAGCAUGUAAACCUGGUUCGUCUCCUUGGUUUUUGCUCGGAAGGAGACAAGAAGCUGCUGGUUUACGAGUUCAUGCCAAAAGGCUCCUUAGACACUCUGCUCUUCGAGCCCACUCCAACGGCUUUGGAUUGGAAGACAAGAUACCAAAUUGCCGUCGGAACAGCGAGAGGAUUAGCUUACCUCCAUGAGCAAUGCAGAGACUGCAUCAUACAUUGUGACAUAAAGCCAGAGAACAUAUUGUUGGACGAAUCGUUCGUCCCCAAAGUGGCCGACUUCGGUUUAGCGAAGCUUGUGGGACGAGACUUCAGCCGAGUUCUGACUACUAUGAGAGGAACGAGAGGCUAUCUUGCGCCCGAAUGGAUUGCCGGAGUAGCGAUCACGGCCAAAGCAGACGUUUAUAGCUAUGGAAUGAUGCUGUUAGAAAUUAUAUCAGGCAGGAGGAACUUGACGGGACCUGAGGAAGGAAGUCAUGGUUUCUUCCCCGCAUUGGUGGCCGGAAAACUUGUCGACAGGGAAGUUGAAAGCUUGCUAGAUUACGGGUUGGGUGGCGAAGCCGAGUCGGAGGAGGUUGAAAGAGCUUGCAGACUUGCUUGUUGGUGCAUUCAGAGUGACGAGCUAUCCAGGCCAACAAUGGGGCAGGUCGUUCAAGUUCUGGAGGGAUUACUGGAAGUUAACGUGCCUCCUAUUCCAAGAUCACUUCAACUUCUUGCAGACGAAACGCCGGAUCAUAACAUCAAUUUCUACUUCGACUCCCAGACCGGGAGUGCCACAUCCAAUAGCUCCCAGGUCAAAAGCACUACCUCAAACAGUUCUGGUGCGUGAAGAUUUGAAAUUUUUGUAUGUCAUUUAGAUCGGAGUGGGUAGAAAAUGAAGUCUUCCCAAGAUAUGGAUUCUUUUAGCACGUGUUAGAUUAUCUUAGUUAUCGUGUUUGUGUACUUGCACAUGAGGAUUGCAUCUCUGAUGUAACAUAUCUCAAUAAUUACACAAAUAAAUAUCUUCAUUUGCGAGAUCUA